GUCAGCUCCUUAUAACCAUGGGUGGCUGCUAUUUGCUCUCCAGGUUUUCAUGUCAUACCUAAGGGAGUAAGGGUGCUGCAAGGUUCCUUGCUGCGUCCACAUCGCCAUGGCUCGUCCAGAUUUAGGCCAAGUGGUCUCCUGGUACAUCUGCACGAUCGUCGCCUGCAUCUUCCUUGUCGCCCGCCUGGCCGUUCGAUGGCAGCUUCUCAAGCGCCUUUAUCUCGAUGACCUGCUGGUUACGCUGGCGGCCCUGUGCCUGGUGGGAGACCUGGCAAUCCAGCACUACAUGUUUGACCAGGGCAUGUCCGAAAUGGCCAAUACAACCACAACCGAGAAGAUCAACAUGAUGAAGAUGAUUAUCCCAGGCUCCACACUCUAUGUCACCUCGCUGUGGCUCAUCAAGGCUAGCAUGGUCGUCUUCUACAAGCGUCUCGCCGAUCGGACGAAAUACCAAAUGAUCUAUAACAUCACCCUGGGCAUUCUCGGCGCGACGUGGUUGGUCCUGUUCUUCGAUAUUGUCUUCAAGUGCUAUCCGCCGAAUCGGCAGUGGAGGGGGCUUACAGAUCCGGAGCUGAUGUGUCCCGAGAAACCUGCGACGAUUAAUUAUUGGCUUACGAUUCUCUUCAACAUUUUCAGCGACGUCUUCAUCAUCUGUCUCCCCAUCUCUCAAGUCGCGCGGCUGAGAAUGCCCAGGAAGCAGAAGUGGGGAGUCAUUUCCGUCUUCCUUCUCGGUGGUCUCGUUGUCAUUACAAGCAUAAUCCGCGCCGUCUACUCCCACCGCAACGAACAAAUGAUAACCUGCACCGUCUCCAUGAUCGAAACCGCGAUCGCAAUCAUCGCCUCCUGCCUCCCCGUCCUGCGCACCCUCUUCUUCGGCGCGCACUCUCGCACGGGCACAUACAGCCAACGGCGCGGCUACGAGCUCUCUGGGUCCGCUGGCGGCCCACAUACAGGUGGACCCUCGACCAAGGGCCGCACGACCGUCUCGGUCUCGCAGACGGGGACGGGGAUAGGACUCGAGAGUCGGAUUGGGGGUGGGAGUCGUGCCGAGAGCCGCGAUCAGCUGUCGAGGCAUGAUUCCGAGGAUGGGCUUGUUAAGGAACAUGGGGAUGCGGGUGUGCGCGCGCCGGGGCCCGGGAUUGCGGUUACGCAUGAGUAUUUUGUGUUGGAGGAUGAGAGGAGUGUUAGGGGGCGGUCGGGGGGAGUCCUUUGAUGGACUGAGGAGGCGAGGGAAGGGUCUGAGCUUGCGGAAUUGGAUUGGGGAUUGAGGUCGAGCAAGACUCACACUGGGGUGUUGUAAUGAUAUAUGUGUCGGCGGCCGUACGCCUGUGGUCUAGGUAGCGACACGAUAUUCACCAGGUUUCGAUGCGAUAGAUAAUUAAUGACAGGUUAUAGAGUAUAAUGCGUCUAGGCGUGUUAUUCAAUACUUUAUUGAUUGGGCCCCGCGACUGGAUAAUUAUGUUCUGACGAGUUUGCCGAAG